AUGACUGGUUUCUAUUAUCAGAAUCUUCAAAGGAAAAGAGCAGUAGAGGAGGACUUUGUGGGAGAUAGUAAGGAGGGUGUGCCUCCGACGGUAAAUGUGCAUUUGGUGGCCAGGCAGAGUGACUUGGGAUUUGGGAGUGAAAGGGGAGGCAUGGGUGUUGAUUCUUGUCUUUUGCAUUUUGGACAUGUUAGGUUUCCAGCUGUUGGUGUUGUACAAGUGGGUCAUGCUAAUGGUGUGACGUUUUCUCCUUCUUGGACUUUGAACGAUGAAUCUUGUCUUUCCCUAUAUGAAUCUCUUGUUGAUUUUACUUAUAAUGCCCUCCCACCUAGCACCCAGUGGGUGAUGAAUGAAGGGUUGGCAGGAGUGAUUAAUCAUAUUUUGGAGAUUUUAGAGUUCGGUUAUGGGGUAAACAAGCUCCAAGAUGCAUGUAUGGUUGCUGGUAAAGCAUUGGGAACGCCAGAAGCAAAGGAAUUGGUCUGUGUUGGUUCUCAGUUGGAAGGUGUUGUGGAUGAUGAUGUUGAUCAUGAAGCGGCUGUUGAGGAAACAUUGGACGCUUUUCUUCUCUUGAUUAUACGUUUGUUUUGGAAUUGGAUAGGUUGGAUGUGA